GGAAGCACAGCAGUGUUAUGAUGCUAAUGGUGUGUCAACACAUCAGGACUUAGGUGGGAAUUGCAAAUGUUGGGGGAAAAUAAGAGUAACAGAGUCCUAUUAAUAUUUUUUUAGGGGACAGCUGAAUACAAGUAAGAAAUAGUGUCUUUGUGAACAGGCUGGCAUAAAGUUAACACGUUAGCAGGACAAGCAAACGGACUCAUACUGCUAACUUAAGCUACGUUGGUCUUCCACAACUGGACAGUUAGCAAGCAGGCUAAUUGGCUGAUUCCCUGUCUACUUCGGUCCUGACGAGACGGGAGAGAGAUGUCGUGCAGUUUAUUGGAGUUUUGUCGGCUCCAAGAGCUCAAAACGGUCACGGACUACUUGUUCCAGAGCCAGAAAACCAAGCCAGCGGAAGAGAAGAAUCAAACAGAAAAUGAGCUGUCUUGGGACACCUCUGAGUGGGAGUCGGCAUGGGACAGUGGCGACAACAAAGAGGAGGAAGCUACUUCUGCCACAACGGCUUGUCCUUUUGUGGAGGAGGAGACCACAGGGCAGAGUGGAACCUGGCUGCAGGACUGUGUAGUGUCCCUGUCACCCUGCUCCGACCUGCUAGUAGUGGCCCGCGAACACAAGGCUGUCUUUUUCUCAGCUAAGUGGCGUUCGGAUGACAGCGGCAGAGAGGAGAUGACCCUGGCUGUGUCUUGGACUGGAACCCUCAGCACUGACGAAGGAGAAUGUGUGAGCAGUUGUAUCUGUAUACCACUGGCAAGCCAGAAGAGAAGCUCCACAGGACGGCCUGACUGGACAUGUGUAGUAGUGGGUUUCACUUCUGGCUAUGUCCGCUUCUACACAGAGAACGGGGUUCUUCUCCUGGCUCAGCUGCUGCAUGAGGACCCUGUAUUGAGGCUCAAGUGUCGCACAUAUGAGAUCCCUCGUCAUCCUGGAGUAUCUGAGCAGCAUGAAGAGUUAAGCAUCCUCUACCCUGCUGCUCUGGUCACCAUCGAUGGCUUCAGCCUCUUUCAAUCUCUGCGCGCCUGCAGGAACCAGGUGGCGAGAGCGGCAGCAGCAGGUAGUGAUGUGAUCCAGCCUCCUCCCCUGGCCUAUAAGAAGUGGGGUCUGCAAGACAUGGACACCAUUGUGGACCACAGUAGUGUGGGCAUUAUGACACUGUGUGUGUUUGACCAGAUGAAGAAUGCAUCUAUCUUGGGGGGGUUUAAUGCUUCAGUGAAGGGCAGCCCCCCCGCCAUGAGCCAGUAUGUCACUGUGGGAGGUGGGCCAUUCACAGGCUUUUACUAUGCUGUAGAGGGAAGCUCCCAGCCUCUCCUCUCUCACGUGGCUCUGGCUGUGGCCAGUAAACUCACCUCAGCCCUCUUCAGUGCUGCCAGUGGAUGGUUAGGUUGGAACAAGAACAAGAAUGAAGAGGAGGCUGUUCAGAAACAGAAGCCCAAGGUGGAGCCUGCAACGCCCUUGGGGAUCAGAUUUGGUCUCCCAGACUCUCGUCGGCACGGCGAGUCCAUCUGUCUUUCCCCCUGCAACACACUGGCUGGGGUGACGGAUGACUUUGGUCGAGUCACACUGCUGGACUUGGCCAGGGGCAUUUCCAUUCGCAUGUGGAAAGGUUACCGAGAUGCUCAACUGGGUUGGCUGCAGGUUCCAGAGGAGCGAGGUGAUCGGGAGUUCUCCCCCUCUGCCGCCCUCCCCAGACGCCAUGCUCUGUUCCUGGUCAUCUACGCCCCCCGCAGGGGAAUCCUGGAGGUGUGGGGGAUGCAGCAGGGCCCUCGAGUUGGAGCCUUUACUGUGGGCAAACACUGCCGGUUGCUGUAUGCUGGCUACCGUCUGAUGGGGGUGAACAGUGUGACCAGUCAGGGCUGGAAGCUCCACACCCAGCAGGUGUGUCUGCUAGAUCCCAUCACAGGAGCAUUGAGGACAGUGAACAUCCCCUUCCACCUAGCCCUCAGUGACAAGAAGAGCGAGCGAGCCAAAGAUAUGCACCUGUUAAAGAGACUGACUACUAUACUAAGGAGCAGAGAGGUGGAGCCUGAUAUUUUGGAGAGAGAAGCCAAAAGUGUGCUGCUGGAUAUCAAACACCCUGCCAUUAAGAAGCAGGCUUUGGAGUCUCUGCUGUCAAAUAAGAAUGCUCCUGUCUCAUGUCUUACUAACAUCACAUGUGCCUUAUAUGACACUCUGAAGCAACAAGACCCUGAGGAAGUGGAUACAGCAUUACUCCAGCUCUGCUCUUCACAGCUGAAACUGCUUCAGCUCUACACUGACAUCCAGCAACUGCAUUCUGCUACAGACAUAGAGGCCUGCUCUAAAAAUCAGGACUCCCUCGAAGGCAUAGAGGAUGAAUUGUCCCGUGUUGGCCUCACCUUGCAACGCUAUGCCCAGCUCACCUCGAGACCCAGUGUUUCCUUUGCCCAGGACUCACCUGACUCACCCCUGCCGGCCCAGGCCUUUCUCUCCCAGAUGGAGUGCACCGAGGACGGGGAGUUGAGGGUGAUCCGGGGGUCUGAAACUGAAUGGAAUCAGCUAGGGAAUUUUAUGUUCUGGGGUUGUCUGUGUGGAAAAAGCCCACUCCAUAAAGUCUGUGACACACUAAAGCAGGCUGGCAUCAGUCCACAGCAACUACUGUCUCUCUUGCUAAGUGUGUGGUUGCAAAGAGAGAAGGAGGUGCUACAGAAACCAGAAGAAACUGUUCGAAACCUACACACACUACUCAUCGCCUUCAGCAACAUGAAAGGUGCAGUUGAGGAGUCUUGGGACCCCCAGUCUAUCUCCCCAUGGUGGCAGCAAGUUCGCUGUACAUGCAUCCAGUCCCACAAUGCUGCCGCUGCUCUGCUGGCUGCCUUCGUUGCUCACCGUGCUGCUAAGGGUAGCAUCACAAGCCGGGCUGACAGCAAGUUGCAGUCAGAGUGGGAGGCGGUGUCCCUAGAGCUGGAGCAGUGGGUGGUGUGUGUUCGCCAGCUAGAGGAUGUGCUGGUGUUGCAGACUCUGCUGUUGGUGCCUCCUCCUCAGGGAGCAGCGGGGGGCGCUGCAGCACAGUGCUCCAUCAAAACGCUGCUGGAGGGAGGCACAGGUGGCAUUGCCGACAGUGUCUCCAAGUGGGUGUUCAGGCACAGCUUGGCCCCCGAGCGACUGAAGGAAAUUCUCCAAAAGAGAGAAGACAAACUAGAGCAGAAGGCAGGAGAAGAAGGAAAGCAGCAGGAGGAGAAGAGCCAAGAGGACACAGACAGAACAGCAGAGCUGUUGGUGGCAGUGUGCCAGCGGUUCCCACACUCCCUCUCACCUGACUUGCUCUUCGCCCACUGCUGCUGGGAAUAUGUAGUGCAGUGGAACAAAGACCCUGAGGAGGGCCGAUACUUAUGCUGGGCUGUGGAACAUCUGAAGCUGGUCUCCAGUCCACAUAUCCAACUAGGUAUUUCUUCAAUGAUGUGGAGUACGUUCAUUGUCAAGCGUGUCUCAGCAGCAGCCUUCCUCAUGGAGAAGGUGGGGAAAGCACCCAAAGAUCGCUUAUGUCGACGGGAUGUCGGGAUGGGAGACAAAGCCGUGACGUCUUUCCUGGGCUGCUGUGUCCAGCUGCUGCAGAUCCUCAUGGAGGUGACUGGAGUAUUGGUUAAAAAUCACUACCCUUUGUCUUUUAUAAAUGACUAUGCGGACUCGGCGGUGGAGGAGGUUUCCGCUCCGGAGCUGUCCGUGGAGGAGGCUUGGUGCGGGGCAGAGGGCCCCGCGUCCAUAGCUGAACUUGCCCUGGAGCAGAGAGGCGUCCACUACCCCUUGGUGCAACACCACUGCCUGUUAGCCUCCCUGCUACAUGCUGCUAUGACCUUCAGCCUGAAGGUCAAACCUCUCAGCCUGUUUGACAGCAAGGGUAAGAAUGCUUUCUUCAGAGAUCUGACGACCAUCCAGCUGAUGCCCAGUGGAGACAUGGACCCAGGCCUGGUCUCACUACGACAAGAGUUCCUCCUCCGUGUGCUGAGCAGCUGGGUGCAGGCUAUAGAUGAUCCUCCCAGCUCAGCCUCUGGCACCAAGUCCCCUCUACCCUCUAGUGGCCCCAAGGCUGACUGGUGGCCCUCGCUGUGUCUGGAGCUGGGCUCCCUGCUGCAGGUCAACCCCGACAUCCUGAGACGACACCUCGUCUGCGAGCUCUACAACCAGGGCCUGGACCUCCGGGCUGAAGAGGUGAUGUUAGAGGUGGAAGAUAAGGAUGUGCUGGGCUCCCAGCUGCUGGUGCUGACUGGCCAGAGACUGAGCUACUCACUGCUCCACAGCCAGAGCCAGACCCAGGCUGCCAUGGAGCUGCUGGCCCGCCUGCCCCCCACCCUCUGCACAUGGCUCAAAGCUAUGGACCCGAGCGAGCUGCGGUGCCCCCUGGUCCCCCUGCCCCAGACCAGCAGGCUGGUUGGCCGUCUGAUUGAAAUCCUUCCUGAGAACCACGGCCAGUACAGCCUGGCCCUGCACCUUCUGGAGGCUGUGGAGGCCCUCAACACUGAGGACUGACCCUGAGAUGGAGAGGGCGGUGGAGACACCUUUUGGAGGCAUGACCAUAGUGGGCAGAUGGAGAGACAAGGAAGGAAAUAAAAUAAAAUUAAAAAAUCAUGAAAAGAAGAAGGUUGGGAUGGAGGCAGAGGUGUUAUAUGGUCACUGCAGAAAGACACCCCCCCAUGAUGAAUGGCCUUCUCACCCUCUUUCGUCAUUGUCAUGGAGAUUUUGUGUUUUGUUAUUCAGCUCAUGUUAAUAUGAUAAAUUCGUCCUCACAACUUAAUUGUACAAGGCAGUGAUAUAUAGAGUGGAUAUGAUAGGCUUUUAACUUUUUUUAAUCAGUCAUAUUUUUGCGCAUGUAACAUAUAUAUUAUAUUGAAUACUUACUGAAGAGUAUUGCGGGUUUAUGAGAUGGCUAUUAAGGAAUGGGGCAUGUCUUUUCUUUGUCACUUCACCUUCAUUUUCAAUCUGAUUGACUUUAAAAAUCAGACGUCAGUGUGUGGGUGUCCUAACUUUGUGCCAUAUCAGAGUUCUGUUUGACGUUUCUCCUUCCUCUUUCCCUCUCAUGGACAAGAGAUGUAUCAUAAAGAAAUAUGGACCUUGAUUUUUAUUUAUAUAUGCAGACAGUACUUUACUAGCUGUGCCUGUACACCUCCUAGUCUGUAGUCCUACGUCCAGCGGCUCCUACUAGGCUGAUCCAAUGCAGAAUAAAGGGGUUUAUCAAAG